UGCUUUCUUUCUCUUGCAUGCCUUUAUUGUUGUUUGAGCUUUGCCUUUACUUUUCUUUUAUAUACAUUACCACUUCUUAGCUUUACGACUGCCCCCACUUCCUACUCCCCUACAAUAAUUUCAUCAUAAUCCAAUUUUCUUCAUAAAUAUUCAUUCUUGAUUCCUUUUUCUCCCACAAUUGUUCACCUUUUCCCCUGUUCUGAUACUCCUCAUAAUACUUUACUUAACCACCAAUUAAUUGCCCUAUAUAUUCAACUUCCCACUUUUUUUUGGCCAAAAAAUAUAUAUGAAGUGUUCAACUUAAAUAUGUUGAAUUCCUCACAAUUUUUGUUGUGAAAAACUCUUUGUGGGUAUUAAAGUUUUCAAAUUUAUAUUUAUUGAACUUCCCACAAAUUUUUGUGGGUAUUAAUAUUUUUCAAAAAGAAAAAACCCAAGUGUUUAAGUUCUAUUGGGUAGGAGAAGAUCAUAGUGAGGGACAAGAUGGGAAGGUUUUUAUAUGGUGUAGUAAGGUCCAUGGUAGUUGUGAUGGUAUUGAUUUUAAUGGUGGUUUGUGUAAAUGGAAAUAGUAUAGGGGUAAAUUGGGGAACACAAGCAACACACCCAUUACCAGGAGAUAUAUUGGUUCAAAUGUUGAAAGAUAAUGGAAUUACAAAGGUGAAGUUAUUUGAGCCAGAUGAAUAUGCUUUAAAGGCUUUGGGUAAAUCUGGAAUUGAGGUUAUGAUUGGUAUUCCCAAUGAUUUGUUGGCUUCUUUGUCAACCGAUAUGAAAUCUGCUGAGAAUUGGGUUUCCAAGAAUCUCUCUUCUUAUGUCUCCUCCCAUGGUGUUAAUGUCAGAUAUGUUGCAGUUGGGAAUGAACCGUUUUUGAAGACACUAAACGGAACCUAUGAUGCAAUGACACUUCCUGCCCUUCAAAACAUACAAUCAGCACUAAUAAAAGCAGGCUUAGCCAGUCAAGUGAAGGUCACUGUCCCUCUAAAUGCAGAUGUAUACGAAACCUCAUCUGAUGUCCCUUCUGGUGGAGACUUCCGAUCUGACAUCAGUGAUCUCAUGUUGAAAAUUGUCAAAUUCUUGAACGACAACGCCUGUCCUGUCACCAUCAACAUCUAUCCCUUCAUAAGCCUCUACAAUGACCCUAACUUCCCUGCAGACUACGCCUUCUUUGAUGGAUUUUCAUCUCCAUUGGAUGACAAUGGGAAGACAUAUACCAAUGUUUUUGAUGCUAACUAUGACACACUUGUUUGGUCCCUUGAGAAAAAUGGCUAUUCAAACAUGUCGAUCAUAGUAGGAGAGGUUGGGUGGCCUACUGAUGGAGACAACAAUGCUAAUCCUACCACUGCUCGGAGGUUUAACCAAGGAUUAGUCAGCCACCUCUCGGGAGGCAAAGGUACGCCUAUGAGGCCUAGUGGUCCUAUCGAUGUUUACCUAUUUAGCCUCAUUGACGAAGAUGACAAAAGUAUCCUACCAGGAAACUUUGAGAGACACUGGGGGAUCUUCAACUACGAUGGGACCCCAAAGUACCAGCUUAACCUCGGAUUAACAAAAGUUGGGUCUCUCAUUCCACCAAAAGGAGUUGAAUAUCUAGCAAAAAAAUGGUGUGUUUUGUCUUCCACAGCUAAUUUAAGUGAUCCCCAAGUAGUCUCGAGUGUGAGCUAUGCUUGCGGAAAUGCUGAUUGUACAAGCCUAGGGUAUGGAACAUCAUGCAGUAAUCUGGAUGCACAGGGGAAUAUAUCUUACGCGUUUAACAUGUAUUAUCAGGAACAAAAUCAACAGGAUAAAGCAUGUCAGUUCCCUAAUGGUAUAUCUACUGUCACAACAAAAGACCCGUCUGCUGGGACCUGCAGAUUUAUUGUUCAGAUUAAGAGUGAUGCAGGGUCAAAGGCAAUCAGUAGUGCAGGUCCUGGUUCCGGUUCUGGUUCACGUUCUUGUUCUGUAAAAGCUGCUGCUGCUAAUCUUCUAUUCUUCAUGGUCAUUAUUGUUAUUACUAUUUUGUAAAUCAUGGGCUGAAAAAAUUAAUACUCCAAUUUCCGCUCUCUUUUUUCUGUGUUUUCUUUUGGUUGUUACUUGUCAGACUGUUUUGUGAAGCCAUAGCAACACCAUUCUGAAGACUGAAAUGGUUGAAGAUAAUUAUGUGUUCAGAUGAACUGCUUGACAUUUUUGGAAUAUGGAUGAAGUAGUUGUACUUGUUAACUUUUAUCAAAA